AUGGCUACGAAACAAGAACUCGACGUCAUAGACGGCAUAAUGGCAAGCAAGCCCCAGGGUUAUCACCGACUUGCAAAUGUGAUGAGCAAAGAUGCCAGCUUUGCAAUUUUCCGCAACUUUAAUGAGGUCAACAUCCUCAAUCUGUUAAGUCUCCAGGCUGAACUUAACGAUCUGCGACACAAAUUCGGCUUCCUCUAUCGUUCAGAUGACGUCUCGAAUGAUGCCACAAGGAGGGAGUUUUCAAAGCGCUUCGUACUGUUACAUCGGUGCGAAGAAGGCGAAAGUCGCCAAUAUAAAAUGCUUCUAGAGCUGCGCGCAAAAAUGAAAGAAUAUAAUUGGCUCCAAGAUCCGAAAGGGGGCAAUAACUUCCAAAAAGGCACCGAGGACCAACUUUGGGAUGAGUUAGAUCCUUCGUCUUAUUUAUCACUAUAUUCACCUACAGGCGAAAUGGAUAUUUUCUCUCGCUGGAUUACUCGUAUUGUUGUUGGUGUGUUUCAUCGCACAUGGGGCGAGAAACGCGGACUUGGAAAGAUCGUCGACGAAGAGAGCGGCUUGGUUUCCUACGAAGACUCGAAAGUCAACAUGGCGAGCACUGUUUUUGCGACCAUAAUCUCCUCUGUCGUACCAGUUGUCGCGAUCCUGGUUCUUUAUGUGGUCAAGAAUACGAUCAAUAGGAUUUGUAUCACCCUUGCCUUUACAGCUGCAUUUGCCUGUGUUCUUGCAACCUGCAGCUCUGCUCGAAGAGUAGAAAUUUUUGCUGCUACAGCAACGUUUGCUGCCGUUGAGGUCGUAUUCAUUGGAAGUGCAAUAACUAAUUAA